UCCGGGCGAGCCAACCCCCAAAGAGGAAAAUUCAGGUUAAAUACAAGUGGGUCAUUUAGAGCAACAGAGUGCUUCUGGACGGACCAGGUGACGAGUUUUAUUAUAACCCGACAGAACAUAAUAUAAUCAUGCUGCUUCGUAAAGUGAGCCAGUCGUCCGCACUGUGCAGCUCCCUGCUCAGGAUCCCUCCCGUGCUGUCUGGAGGUCAUGUCGGGGCUGUGGUUGCUGCGCCAAACGCUCGUCUGUACGCCAGCCAAGCUGCAGAGGCGGUGCUGGAGAAACCAGCAGCAGUCGGCAGUGAUGCUGCCACUCAAGUGGACAAGAAGACAGUUGCUACUGAAUCCAAAUCAUUUGCUGUCAACAUUUUCAAGGGGCAGAUUGCAACUGCUCAAGUGUUCCCCUACCCCAAAGCCCUGAACGAUGAGCAGGACCAGUUCCUUCGAGAGCUCGUGGGGCCUGUCGGCAAAUUCUUUGAGGAGGUGAACGAUCCUGCCAAGAACGAUGCCUUGGAGAAGGUAGAAGAUCACACCAUGGAGGGCCUGAAGGAGAUGGGUGCCUUUGGUCUGCAGGUGCCGGCUGACCUGGGAGGCCUCGGCCUCUCAAACACACAGUAUGCCCGGCUGGUGGAGAUUGUUGGCAGUCAUGACCUGGGUGUUGGCAUCACUCUGGGUGCCCACCAGUCCAUCGGCUUCAAAGGCAUUCUGCUUUUUGGGAAUCCAGCCCAGAAGGAGAAGUACCUGCCGAAGCUUGCCUCAGGUGAGACUAUUGCUGCUUUCUGCCUAACUGAACCGUCCAGUGGCUCUGAUGCCGCCUCCAUCAAGUCAAUAGCUGUUCAGUCCGACUGCGGAAAGUACUUCACUCUCAAUGGAAGCAAGAUCUGGAUCAGUAAUGGAGGUCUGGCUGAGAUCUUCACAGUAUUCGCCAAGACGCCCAUGAAGGAUCCCAAGACCGGGGAGAUGAAGGACAAGAUCUCAGCCUUCAUCGUGGAGAGGAGCUUUGGAGGAGUGACCCACGGCCCACCGGAGAAGAAAAUGGGCAUCAAGGCUUCGAACACAGCCGAGGUCUAUUUCGACAACGUUCGCGUACCAGCUGACUGCUUGCUCGGCGAGCUGGGAGGCGGUUUCAAGGUAGCCAUGAACAUCCUAAACAACGGGCGGUUUGGCAUGGCGGCCGCCCUCUCAGGCACCAUGAAGGGAGUCAUCAGCAAAGCUGUGGAUCAUGCAGCCAACAGAACCCAGUUUGGGAGCAAAAUCCACACCUAUGGAAGCAUCCAAGAGAAGAUGGCUCGCAUGACCAUGAUGCAUUAUGUAACUGAGUCUAUGGGCUACAUGAUCAGUGCCAACAUGGACAGCGGAGCAGCUGAAUUCCAGAUCGAAGCUGCCAUCAGCAAGAUCUUUGCCUCUGAAGCAGCUUGGACUGUGACUGAUGAGUGCAUCCAGAUUAUGGGCGGCAUGGGGUUCAUGAAGGACGCUGGAGUUGAGAGAGUGAUGAGGGAUCUGAGGAUUUUCAGAAUCUUUGAGGGUACCAACGACAUCCUGAGGCUCUUCGUGGCCCUCAAUGGCUUCCAGAACGCUGGUAACCAGCUGAAGAGCUUACAGAAGGCUCUGAAGAACCCUCUCGGCAACGCUGGGCUGCUCGCAGGAGAAAUCACCAAGAGAGCCAAAAGGAAGGCCGGUUUGAGCACAGGGCUGACGCUGCAGGGGAGUGUACAUCCUGACCUGGCACACAGCGGUGAACUGACCACUAAAGCCAUCGAACAGUUCGGCGCGGUCGUCGAGGAGCUGCUCAUCAAACACGGCAAGAAGAUCAUUGAUGAACAAUUUGUCCUGAAGAGAGUUGCAGAUGCUGCCAUUGACCUCUACGCCAUGGUGGUGGUUCUGUCCAGGGCUUCACGUGCUCUGAGUCAGGGCAGCGCCUCAGCUCAGCAUGAGAAGAUGCUGUGUGAGACCUGGUGUGCAGAGGCCUAUGAGAGGAUCAUGCAGGACAUCAAGACUUUGCGCUCCAGUGAGUCCAGACAGGUCUUCAAGAACCUGCGGGCCAUCUCUGCAGCCGUGGUGGAGAACGGAGGCGUGGUGGCUACUCACCCCCUGGGUUUCUAAACGCACCACACCUCUGUAAUCAUGUCUUCUGCAUCUCUAACCAGGUUCAGGGUCACAUAUGCCAAGUCCCCUUAAACUACUCCGUUAACCAGAUCGCUCCAUCACACAGCGAAAACAUUGCAUCAGCUUCGUUGCACCUACAACUUCGGGGGCCGAGUGAAUCAUCGUUUUUAAACAGGAAAUCACAAUUUGAAUCCUUUGUUACCGUGGUAUCUCGUUCACAAUCAAUUUCAGUGUCUUUGUGAAGCUGUUUCUAUGUCACUUAUUUAUUUAAUUCCAGCUCAAAAGUCCAACAUUUGGGCUGGAAGUCUCAAUUUGAGCUGAAAGCAUUAGUCCGUGUCAAAUGUAAUUCAUUAAAUCAGGUCUGUAGGACAGAAAAGUCACUGUUAUUGAGCCCCUGCAUCUAAAUCAACAGAUGACUGAAUUACUCCAGUGUGUGCAUGGAGUGUUUUUAAAGCAGCAUUUACAUUGUAUCUCAGCCUUCAUUACUGUUGCAGAUUGUAAAAAUGGGAAAAUAACUGUCUAUUCAACUUUGGAUAAAGAGGCCAGUAAACAAAGGAACUUUAAUUUAUACACAGACAUUUUAAGAUCUCUUUGAUUUCUAUACUUAUCAGCACUGUGUUCAAAUGUAUAUAAUAGUGUGCCGUUUAUGUACUUGAAUGCCUUUUUUUGCAUGUUAAGCUCGCUCGGUGCUCAUCACAGAAACAUUAAUGUCAGAAAUGCCUUAGAAACUGGUCAACAGAUGCUGUUUAAAGUUUCUGUUGUGACCUGAGUUAAACAGUUGUUUUGUUUUUAACCUGCAGUUCAACUUAACUAACAGCCAACACCUUGAUUUCCAGAUUGUGAGUGUUAAUUUCCUCAGCUAAAGGUAGCGGGCAUCACUGUAACUACAGAAUAAACAAGCUGUCAGUCUGCACACCGGGUACUUUUAGGAAAUAAUUUCUUGUACAUGCUUCCGUUUUAAUCUGCAGUGUCAAAGCUUUCACAAAACAAAUUAGAUCUGCACAUUCUUGCCUUCCUAUAUCUUGUACUGUGACAAACAAAGCUGUCUAAUCAGAUCUAACUACAGAUAUGAUCAUCCUGCUUCUUGUUUUCUAAAAUUAGUGUCUCAACAGCUGCCGGAGUCGGCGUUUGUGUAGAUCUACUUUGAGCCUUUUUGCUUUGAAAACACACAUGGUUAUUGGGAUUAAAAAAAUAUCUUUUCUACAAAAAAAUAUUAGACCAUCGUUUCCUUCAAUUUCUUCCUUUUAGUGCCUGGUACAGCUAAAGGUACAUUUGUUUUGACAAAUAUUAAUGAGAACAACAAAAAUGGCUCAUAAGAGUUUAAUUUAAAAGCUGAUAUCUAGACAUUUAACAUUGUUUUCUUGAUAAUAACCAAAAUCAUCAAGAAAACCAUGGAAAAUGUCUAGAUAUUAGCUCUUAAAUUAAACUCUUAUGAGCUGCUUUUGUUGUCAUUAUAUUUUUCCAAACAUAUGUACCUUUUACUUGUACCAGGCAUUAAAAUUAACAAGAAAUUGAAGGAAAAAAGGGUGAUCUAAUAUUUUUUUCCAUGACUAUUUAUCAGUCUGGGCUUGCACCAGUGAGAGUGAUGAUCCAUAUUGGUUUAUUUUUGCAGAUGUUUUUCUCUCAUUAAACAUAACUUUUGUUAGGCUUUUGCCAGAAUAUAGUUUUUCCUCUGUAAUGUCCCGAUUCUUUAAAUAUUUUCUCACCAUAUCUAUGAAUGUGGCCUUUAACAGGCUUCUGGUUUCUUCUUGUACAAGCUUUUCUAACCUGUAAAAAAACCUACAAUGAUUAAAGAUUAAACCUCAGCAGAAAAUUAAAAA